AUGUCUGGUAUAUUUUCUAAUCAAUUUUGGAAUUUCGUCGAUUCUCUUGACAGAGAUUUGAAUCAAUUGCAAAUUGCCAUGCUGAAUGCAGGUUUUACUCGUCCAAAGGGUGUUAAAAAUACCAAAAAUCCCGUUGAUAACAAUCCUGCUGUUAUUACUGAUUCAGCUAAAGAAAAAUCAUUGUCUGAAAAGGGUAAAAGCACACUAUCAAAAAUGUACAACAACUAUGUUACAACACAAAUUGAAUUGGGCCCACCCAUUGACUUGUUGGAUAGACCAGAAGUUUAUGAAUUGCAUGUUUCAUUAGCUGGGGCUGAAAAGGAUCAAAUUCAUAUUGAUUUUGACAGCGACGAUAACGAGAUCAAAAUUUACGGUGAAAUUGAAACGCAUAAGGAAGUGGAAAAAGAAAAUUACAAGUUCCAAGAGAGAAGAACUGGAUCAUUUACCAGAACAGUGUCCUUACCAAUUGAUGAAAAAUUGGACGAAGAUAAAAUUACCUCAUCAUAUAAAAAUGGUGUUUUAACGGUUUUUCUUCCAAAAUUGGGCAAGAAAGAAAAAAAAAGUGUCAGGAAGCUAGAAAUUUCUUAA